GCAGACGGAAGGGGGCGUGGCCUGGCGCUAGGGCCCCGCGGCCGCCGGCGCCGCCGCCUGAGUGACCUGCUAGGCGGCCGGCGGCGCUCAGCUUCCGGCCACUCAGGCAGCUCGUUGGCCACUCUGUUUUGAGGUCCUCGCCGCCCUUCCACGUCUCCCGGAAGAGCUAGCCGGCAGGUCCGGGAGCAGCGGGCUGCUGUGGCGGCCCGGGCGGGCGACGAGGCCGCGGUGCUGCCGCUCGGCGUCCUCAGGUGAGGCGCGACCAGGCCGCGGGCGGGACGGCUUGGCCUGCGGGACCCGGUCUCCGCCUUUCCCGAGCGCUGUCGUGCUCGUCUUCGCUCAGGGACAAGGAAGGGGAUGCCAGAGCCCCGUAGCCUCCGGAUACCGAGGCUGACCCGCCCUCCACCCCGACUCUGCUCUGGGGACCCAGUACGAUGUGUUCUCGCCUCUCGGGGACCCGUGGUCACACCGCCGGGCCUGACCCCUGACCCCCGCCUCUGUGUGACAUCUGACCUUCCCGGUGGCUUUGCACCACGGGAAGUCCCCUCUUGGAGUCUGUCACUGAGAUAAGAGCUCAGGUUUAGUGUCUACGAUCCACGUGAAAGAUAUGUUUUAAAGCCCCGUUAACUUUCAGAUGGGAGGCAAGACAUUAAUUGUCUUCAGGCUUUUUUUUAUUAGGAGAGCUACUUUUCUCUCGCUCAUCACUAAUUUUUACAUCGAGCUUGUGUAACGUUUUAUAAGUCAGAAGGCAUGUUACAUUCCUUUUUCAUUUGGUUUCUCAUAAAUUGAAAUACACACUUAAAUGGGUUUCCUAAAGAGUGUGUUGAAACAGUUAACUUCCGACGAGGUUAGAGCGGAGAGGUUAAAAGGUGGGUUUACCUCUAGGUUGACCUAGAUUCCAGUGUCUGAGGUGCCAUCGAAGUUCCAGGAUCUUUCUAAGCCAUAUCCAUCUUUAUUUGUUUCUAAAGGACUUUACAGUUUGCCAUAUAAUGUAGCUGAGCAUUAUGUUACUAUAUUAUUUUUAUUAUUUUAUUUUUAUAUUAUAUUAUUUUUAGUGAUAGUGUUUGCACAACACUUGACAUAUAAGGAUGAAUUACUUCAGUAGUGUUUCUAGGAGUGCCUGUGUGUGGGCUAGAAUUGGAAUUUAUCAUUGAGCAAACCAGGCAUUGUGUGUAUCCACCCACUCCCCCUUCCCCAGCAGGGAGAGACAUGUUUUAAAACAACAGUUGCAACAACCUGAAGCAGUGUAAGGCAAAAGAAGGGCAUGCACACAGAAUAAAAAGACCUAGCAUAGAAGGGAAGGAAAGACAACUCUGAUGCCAAUUUAGUGAAGAAAGCCCAAGAUCUAAUAGUUCCAAGCCAAAGGGACACUGACCACAUUCAACCAACACUGUUGACUUUGUAGUUUACUUCAUUCUACAGCUUAAAGGUUAAUUUUACUUCGUGGCCUUGACUUUGGCACCUGGAAGUUUUUUCCAUGUGUUGGUUAAAUAGAUAAUUUAUACAGUCAUUUUUUUAAAAAAAAAAUUGAACUCAGCUGGACAUGCACAUGGUUCAUCAGUAGGAUUGCUUUGCUACCAUCAUGUCUUGGUUUGCUGAUCUUGCUGGAAGGGCUGAAGAUCUUUUAAACCGAGUGGAUCAGGGGGCUGCAACAGCUCUCAGAAAGGAGAAUACCAGCAACAUCUUUUAUAGCAAAAAUACUGACUAUCCUGAACUUCAGCAGCAAAACACAGAUUCAAAUUACCAGACCGGACAGAAAGCUAACUAUAUUUCCUCAGCUGCUGAUAACAUCCGACAUCAGAAAGCCACGAUCCUAGCUGGCACAGCGAACGUGAAAGUCGGAUCCAGGACAGUCGGGGAUGCCACCCAUCCCACCGAGCAUGCGUCUGCCCCUAGGCCUUCAUCCCAGUUUGUUCGGAGGAAAAAAUCAGAGCCUGAUGAUGAGCUGCUAUUUGAUUUUCUUAACAGUUCCCAAAAAGAGCCCACUGGGAGAGUGGAAGUCAAGAAAGAGAAGGGCAGAGCUCCUGUCUCUCCAAGUUCUCCGUCAGGUGUCAGUUCUGUCAACACCAGUGUAACCACCACCAAGGCCAUGGGAGGAAACGCUGGGAGCCAAAGUCCUGGAGUGAACAGUUCGGAUUCUGUGCCUGAAGUUCAUAAGGAACCCUCAGAGGAGAGCACGGCCCCAAGUGCCACCAGCGAGGAGCACAGCUCUACACCUAGUGACGGUAGCAGCAGGUCGCAGGAGCUGUCCAAUCUCCGACUGGAGAAUCAGUUGCUCAGGAAUGAAGUCCAGUCUUUAAAUCAGGAAAUGGCCUCAUUACUCCAGAGAUCCAAAGAAACUCAAGAAGAAUUAAAUAAGGCAAGAGUAAGAGUUGAAAAAUGGAAUGUUGACAAUUCAAAGAGCGAUCGCAUAACUCGAGAACUGCGAGCGCAAGUAGAUGACCUCACCGAAGCAGUGGCCGCAAAGGACUCCCAGCUGGCUGUCCUCAAAGUGCGACUGCAGGAGGCUGACCAGGUGCUAAGUUCCCGCACAGAAGCACUAGAAGCCUUAAGGAGUGAAAAGUCACGAAUAAUGCAGGAUCACAAGGAAGGUAGUAGCCUACAGAAUCAAGCUCUGCAAACUCUUCAAGAGAGGCUGCAUGAAGCUGAUGCCACUCUAAAGAGAGAGCAAGAGAGCUACAAACAAAUGCAGAGUGAGUUUGCUGCACGCCUUAACAAAAUGGAAGUGGACCGUCAGAACUUGGCAGAAGCAGUUACUCUGGCAGAAAGAAAGUACUCCGAGGAGAAGAAGAAGGUUGAUGAACUCCAGCAGCAAGUCAAGCUACACAGGGCAAGCUUGGAGUCGGCUAAGCAGGAGUUAGUUGACUACAAGCAGAAAGCUACACGGAUACUCCAAUCUAAAGAAAAACUGAUCAACAGCUUAAAGGAAGGCUCAAGCUUUGAAGGCCUAGAGAGCAGCACGGCUAGCAGCAUGGAAUUGGAAGAACUUCGGCAUGAGAAGGAGAUGCAGAAGGAGGAGAUCCAGAAGCUGAUGGGCCAGAUGCAUCAGCUGAGGUCUGAGCUACAGGACAUGGAGGCUCAGCAGGUUAGUGAAGCUGAAUCAGCAAGAGAACAAUUACAAGAUCUGCAAGACCAGAUAGCUAAGCAGAGGACAUCUAAGCAAGAGCUGGAGACGGAGCUGGAACGAAUGAAGCAGGAAUUCCGCUACAUGGAGGAGGAUCUGCAUAGAACAAAGAACACACUGCAAAGCAGGAUUAAAGAUAGGGAGGAAGAAAUUCAAAAACUGAGGAAUCAGCUUACCAACAAAACUUUAAGCAACAGCAGCCAGUCAGAGCUAGAAAGCCGGCUCCAUCAGCUAACGGAAACACUCAUCCAGAAACAGACCAUGCUGGAGAGCCUCAGCACAGAAAAGAACUCCCUGGUCUUCCAGCUGGAGCGCCUUGAGCAGCAGGUGCAUUCUGCCUCCUCGGGGCCCAACAGUGGAUCUGCCAUUAACAUGUCUGGAGUCGACAGUGGUGAAGGGACACGCCUGCGAAAUGUUCCUGUUCUUUUUAAUGACACCGAAACUAAUCUGGCAGGAAUGUAUGGGAAGGUUCGAAAAGCUGCUAGCUCCAUUGACCAAUUUAGUAUUCGCCUGGGAAUUUUUCUCAGAAGAUACCCCAUAGCACGAGUGUUUGUAAUCAUCUACAUGGCUUUGCUGCACCUCUGGGUCAUGAUCGUACUGCUGACUUACUCACCAGAAAUGCACCAUGACCAACCGUACGGCAAGUGAACAGAGCCACUGGUUCCCAUGAGUGCCUGCCAUUGUCCAGAGCUGGGAUCUGCAGAAAGAUCAGCACUAAGACUGCUAGGAACCGUGCACAAGAUGGUUUCUUCAUGGAGAGCUUUUAAUCUUUUAACUUAUUUCUCUGGUGUCUGACUCUCCCCUAUUCCCAUAAGAGUCUCUAAAUGCAGACAGUAAUUUGACAAAUUAAGCUCAACUUUUUCUGAGUUCAGUUCCCUAGAUAUGUAUAGAGAAAGAGAAAAGGCGAUUUGGGGGUGUUCACCUCUGUACAGACCUUUCUAUAUUUUAGGUGACACUGAUUAUGGGUUAUAAUCAGGGAAACUAAUUGUAUUUAGGGAUUAAAAAUAAAAAGAUUUCUUUUUUAAUAAUUUAGAGUGCUUUAUAUUUUCAUAUAUUUAACUGCAAAUAUUUAAUGUUUUCAUGUUAGAUUCUUGGUAUAAUUCUUUUUGAAAUACAUAAAUAAAAUUCACUGUGCA